AUGAUUUCAGACGAAUCUUGUCUUAGGUUUCGUUUACCUUCUUAUUGGAACAAGGAAAAUGGUAGUAGGAACGAGUUGAAGCCCAUGGAUUCGGAGCAAUUGAGAGAGUACGGACACCGAAUGGUGGAUUUCAUUGCUGAUUACUACAAAAGCAUCGAAAAUCUCCCUGUUCUUAGCCAAGUCCAGCCUGGUUAUCUUCAUAACCUUUUGCCUGAUUCCGCACCAGACCACCCUGAAACGCUGGAUCAAGUUCUUGAUGAUGUUAAGGCAAAGAUAAUGCCAGGAGUAACGCAUUGGCAAAGCCCUAGUUUCUUUGCUUAUUACCCUUCAAACAGCAGUGUUGCCAGUUUCUUGGGAGAUGGAGGUGGAGUUAUCCAAGGAUCAGCAAGUGAAGCUGUUCUUGUUGUUCUUAUUGCUGCUCGUGAUAAUGUUUUAAGAAGUGUUGGCAAGAAAGCUCUUGAGAAGCUCGUUGUCUACUCCUCUGACCAGACACAUUCAGCUUUGCAGAAAGCUUGCCAGAUAGCUGGAAUCCAUCCAGGGAAUUGUAGGGUGCUGAGAACUGAUUCUUCUACUAAUUAUGCUCUUAGUCCAGAGUUGCUUCAAGAAGCUGUUUCUAGGGAUCUUGAAGCUGGAUUGAUUCCAUUCUUCUUAUGUGCUAAUGUUGGAACCACUUCUUCAACAGCAGUUGAUCCAUUAGCUGCACUAGGGAAGAUCGCUAAGAGCAAUGAGAUGUGGGUUCACGUGGAUGCAGCGUACGCAGGAAGUGCUUGUAUAUGUCCAGAGUAUCGACAAUACAUUGAUGGUGUAGAAACUGCAGACUCUUUUAACAUGAAUGCUCACAAGUGGUUCCUCACUAAUUUCGAUUGUUCCGGUUUUUUAAUAGAUAGUGUUAAUCUAGUGUUAAUCUACGCGCCCACGCGCCCCCAAUCUUUUCUCCCUAGAAGCGAAAACCUAAAUCCCAAAUCUCUGUCGACGAAUCCGCUUCUGCGGUAA